GCGUGCGUGCGUGUGUGUGUGUGUGUCAAUGGCGCCCUCUAGCGACAGUGAGAGUAUACACACCCAAAGCACAAAACUGAGCAGCAUCUGCCGGUCUGAUCCUGUGAUCUGCGCACAGCUGGGGAUUGUGACAACUGGCAGGCAGAAUAUUGUCCCAAUUAGACUGGCGUGUGCGCGCGUGCGUGGGCGUGUGUGCAAAAUAGAGGGAGGGAUGAGCUGUAUUGACAAAUAUGAAUCAGCCCGACAUUUGUUUUCACGAUGCAAAAUUUGGUCUAUAUUCUCUAAAACACAUCACAGCCUUUCACCUUUUUUGCCACACAGAACAUUUUCGGGAAUGAAAACAAUCGGAGGAUACUUUAUUUAGGAUGAAGCCCCAUUAAGACAUUUUCUUGAAUCUUCAUUCCAUUGGCUCAUUACUUGAAAUCGGUGUGUGUGUGCGUGCGUGUGUGUGUUAGUGUAUGUGAGAGAGAGAGAGAGAGAGAGAGAGUGAGAGAGAGAGAGAGAGAGAGAGUGUGUGUGUGUGUGUGUGUGUGUGUGUGUGCGCGCGCGUACGCUGUACUUACGCAACAGGGAGCUUCACUCAGCGGGUCCGCGAGGCUAAGGACGAAAUUAAAGCAGGCAUUUUUUUGUAUUCCAUUUUUGUCUAAUCCCACUGAUUUCUGAAGGGAUUACCGGACCAAUCAUGAUUGAGAGACCGCUGGUUCGCCACUGCCUCUGAGGGAGCCGGCCGCGGUGCACACUGCGAGGGGAUGCACAGCAUUACGACCUGGAGAAACAUUGUGAACUCCGUUUUUGUUUUUGUUUAUUUGUCUUGUUGGCUCAGUCUUCUCGCUUGCUCUGGCAACCGACCAGAGGAUGCGCGCUGCGAUGGCUGCGCUGCUGGCGCACGCUUUUGCGGAUGGUAACUUCAAAAUUGUGCAGUUGCACGACAAUUGAUGUCAACUUUCCCACGAUGGUCAGCGCUGGAAUUGUGUUUUAAAAGACACAAUCUUCACAAAAUAGCCUGUACAGGAUCUGUCCGGAUAUUUCUGUGCAUGACCAGCCAAUGGAGGAAGAGAGGGUGGUGGAUGAAAUCCAGGCAAAAUCCAGUUCCCCUUUACCCACUGGGCUUCCCAUUAACUGGGCGCUCAUCACUGGCCCUGUCCCUGAGCCUGUUUUCCCCGCACCCUCUUUGAGCACCCAAUUUCCUCCUCCUCCUCAGAGUUCAGCCGUGCAUGCACUACAGACCAAGGUGAAGUCAACUACACAGAGAAGGAUAAGAGGGAGGGACAGAGAGAGGGAAAGAGAAAGGCUGAACACAGAGAUGCUGGUCAGCAGUCCCGCAUCUGAAGUCUUUCUGAGACAGAGACCCAGAGGUAAGGGUCAGGUUUCUCUGCCCGCCGCCUCCUGGCGAUCAGGUGCUGCAAAGAACUUGAGCAGCAGUGACGAAGAGGAGGAGGUAGAAGUGCAAGUCAGGUUGGAGAUCCAUAGCCCUCCUGCUGAAGCGCAGGGGGGGCAGGGGUUUCAGCGGGGGGAGGAAACUGAAGAGGAGCAGUCAGAUAGUAAUAUAGGCAAGAUCAGUUUUCUGACAGGCCAGUAUCGUGGGCUCGGGGCUGGUACCAGUUUGGAGAGUCUAUUGUCUGAUAACUCGAGCAGUAGUAAGGAUGACCAAUCACCUCCUCCUCCACCACCACCUGUGCUGUCCUCAACUUCUGCCUCCACCGCUGCUUCUACAUCAUCUUCUUCCUCCACAUCUUCUAUGUCCACCAGACACUGGGCACCGCCCAAAGGCUUCUGGAGAGUGGUACGUCCAGAAACGUUGCUUCUAAAUGGUGUCGUCCCUCAUAACAUGCCCUCCACAUUACCUUUAAAGGACUACACCCAGACAGAAGCACUCGCAGAGCCCCAGAGGGAGUCUAAACCAGCUGAAACAGUCACCAGGAGCGAGGUAGGAGGUACGACGGAUGAAAACGAUGCAUCCUCAGAAUUCAAGCACUCCGACAGCGUGGAACGCUACCUGGACAGGUGUGAACAGAAGGAGGCCGAUGCCGGUGACCCUGCCAAAGGAUUGUGCAGCUCAGACAGCUGGGAGAGCGUGUCUUCACAAAGUGGGGUGCUCUCGGGCGAUGAGAAGCUGAAGGUGAAGCAGAGGGCCUAUGCAAAGUUAAGAGAGAGGCAACACAACAGGGAGGAGAGAGAGCAGAGUGGAGGAGAGGGUGCCAGCUGUGAUGGGGACACACCAUACAAAGUGGAUGAUAAAGUCACAUGUGCCCAUGGGAUUUUGGACAGCUCAGACUCAGCCAUUCUUGCUCAGGAACUUGAACCCUAUUUGAGGUCACUUCUUAUAAUCAGUGACGAGCUUCCUCUGAGCCCAAGACACGAGGAAGCCAAGCGUCUCCUGGACCGGGCACGACUCAAGGCUCGCUCCAGUCAUGUUAAAGGCGAAUGGCCCUCCAGACGCUCUCAUUCUGAUCAGAGAUCCGCCGCGACAAAGCAGCAGAUUGAAUCUCCCAUCCCAAUGCCAGAGCAGAAGGCUGUUCAAGCCAAAGAUGUUACAGCUCAGACUGUAUCUGGUCCCCUCCUUGUCCCCACUCAAAGAGACACGUCCCCCGUUGAACAAGGAGGUCGAUUGAGACGCUACGGUUGUUCCCCCACACGGGUACGCUUUGAGGAUGAAUCAGAGAAAGAAGCAGAGUCUCGGUACUUGGAUAGAGUCCGACAGCGUGGCAGGACUGCGGUGCCUAAGUCCAAGAGUAAAGAAAGCAAUACAGAUUCUAGCAGUAGUGGUUCAGAGAGGAGCAAAAGCCACAGAAGUGUCUCCAUGCCUCCCUCACAGAUGCGAGACGAUGCAGGUGCCAGCGGUGAAACCACAACAGUGAUUAAAGAGAUAAUAGUGCUGGUGAAGAAAUGUGAGGCCUGUGGCUCCGUAGUCAGGGAACCUCAACCCGUCCUAUCACCAUCAGAUCCACAGAACGCUGAGCCACAGCAGCAUGGCAACCCAGAGGACCCACGGGGGAAACCGGUUCCUCGAUGGGUGCCUCCAAACCGGCCAGAGACAAGUACUCGCCCUAAGGCUCCUCUAACUGUUACUUUUGCCGGAGCUUAUGUGCUGGGGGAAAACAAAGAGAGCAGCACAGGCUGGAAGUCGUCUGGGUUUGGGAAACUUAGGCGAAGGAGCAGGAAAGGAGAAAUUCGUCUCGAGUCUGGCCAUGGCCCUUACGGCCCAUCAUGGGCUCAACGACGUAACUCAAAUCCCAGGAACAGGGUCAACUUGAGCAGGGGUGUUUCCUUUGCCCCUGGCAGCCCCAUCACUCUUGAACCAUCUUUGCUGGGGGCAUCUGGCGGACCCAGAGAACCGCCAACCCCAUCGCUACCUAUAAAGUCAGCCCUAAAGUCAAGCUCAAGGAAUCGCUCUGCUGCUGGUCAGUCUACAGUUCCGUUCCAGAUGACAUCAAAUCAGGGAGGAGAGGGCGGACCACAGCAUUCGACCCCCCUGGACUCUCCGGACGCAAGGAGGGAGACCCCAGUGACUUUAAGCCAAGGGGCACCUGCAGCCAGCAGCUCACUGCCGUGUGUCAGACCCUCCACUCUGAGGUAUUCCCCAGCCCGAUUCAACACAGAGGUGCCAGCUGCUGAACUCUGGGAUGCCACUCCAGAUGGAACAGGUUUAAGUGGGGACUCUGGUUCGGGUCCUGACUGUCGACAAGCCCUGCGAGGCCUUGCUACGUAUCGGGCCGAAGACCUCAGAGCUGAGCUGCUGCGAGCAGAGCAUCUGAAAGCUGAGGCAAUAUGGGAGGAAAACUCUGACGGGUCCAGAAAGAUGGACGGACGGCCGAAGCUCUUCCUGCGUCGCUUCUUCUCCUCCAUUGGUUUGAAUAGUGUUGGGAGACUUGUUAAAGGAAGACGCUCCAACAGCAUGGAACAGCUGAGUAUCCCUGCUGCCCCCCGGGCCAGCUCCGCUUCUCCAAGCCCCACACGCAGACCACAGCCAACCAUCCGCAUACAGAGGACACCCUCACUGCAGACCCUUAACACAGUGCUGCCACUGGCCCAACUGCGCAAAGCCUCCUCAGUGCAGAGUUUAGAGAGAAGAACAGAUCGUUCAACAAUACUGGGAGAGGUGCAGAUACCAUAUGGCCUGGCGCCCAGUCCUGACAGCCCUCAGCACGAGCUUCACAGAGCCCUGAGUGUUGAGGAUGCACUUGCCUCCAGAAUAGUGCGUCCUGUGGGCCGGGUCAUCCAGGCGUUCCCUGAUGGGACCCUCCUCCUGGAGCUCAUCAGACCCCCAAAUGGUCCUUUUGGUUUUGUCAUCUCGAGGGGCAAAGGUCGACCAGACACGGGUGUCUAUGUGGAAAAGGUGGCUGACUGUAGCGCCGAAGGCCCCUAUGUAGGUCUCCUCGGCCUCGGUGAUGAAAUUCUCCAGGUGAACGGAGAGGCGGUGGCUGGACUCACUCUGGACCAGGUGACGCGGCUCAUGACCCGGGAGAGCACAGCUUCUCUUCGGAUCAUGCCAGCGCGACGCAACCAGCGCUGACUGGAAAGACAGACGUUGGCUCUGAGCCAUUUCUCCUGGAACCACCGUUUUGAUAUUUCAACACUGCAAACACUGCCGACGGACUAUAAACCUACAGAUCGAAUGUCCUGUGUAUCUCGCUGCAGUUUAACAGUGGCUGCAAGGUAUAUCAGGGUCAGAGGUUGAUUUCCUAAUAGUGCAAAACUAUGUUCAACAAUAUGACACUGUAACAGACUUGGAUUAACAUGGAAAAUCAUGGAAAAUCAAUAAAAUAACCAAAUAGCAAAUCUAGAACUGGAAAAAUCCUAAAGAGAGAACUACACUAGUGAGAAACUGAUUUCAGAAUAUAUAUUCUUUUCCAAAAAUAGAAAUACUGACUCAAGCAAAGCACAGCAUUUUUGUGCAUAUUGGUUUUGUUUUUAUGGUCAGAUAGGACUAGACUCAAACAACUCUGCAUUUCUUCUUUCCUGUGAUCUAUUUCGCACUUUACAACACAUUAUAGAAAUGAUUAUGAAGCUGAACCAAAUUCUGUCAUGUGCAAAGUUGUGUACUGCUCUGCUCACAUUAAUCUUGUUGAUCGUUUCAUAUGAUUAACACGUGUAAGCAUGUGCCACUACUGUCAUCCACGAGAGACCUCAAACACAGGAAGUAAGAAUAUACAUUGGUGCCCUUCUCUGUAAUUCAGCUGCAUCAUAAAUUAUGUCUAAACAAAGUGACUCAUAUUAAAUAUCAUAUUUCCCGGCCACUGCAUGGUCACCUCACCUUACUUGUGAUGUUUGUUUAGUAAAAUUGAUAUUGGUUUGCUUCUAAAUAAAAAAAAAUUCUAAUCAUG